ACGUCGCGAAGUGCCCGCGUUUGUGUUCUCUUGCUUGCGUGAUGUGUACGCGUUAUUAAUGUGAAAUCGUUCAAGGAGGUGGAUCAUAGUAGCAGAAAACGGAUGUAGUAACCACAAGGCGUUCGAUAAAAAACGCUGACUGUCUUGUGCCUUCAUUAAAGUGCGUGACAAGUACUCCGCGAUCAAGGCCUUGGAAUGUUUUGAAGUACGACUGUUCCGUGAGAAUCUAUUUUGCACAGCACAAGUGCGGAAUCUGGCGCCGAUCAUGUGCUGAAGCAACAUGAGCGAUGGCGUAGGACCCAGCAAAAAGCGCUUCAAGCAAGCCAAACUGCAGUGGUUCGUUUCAGCAAUGCUGGAAAAGCAUCCGUCAUCCAAUGGUACAGCAACAGAUGCACGAAAACACUCGAGUCCUGCAAAAAACAUGCAGUUAUCAGAUGUCCAGGGCAGUACAGAGCCUGCUAAGGACUCGCCUGACGUGGGAACUAAGUUCAGUUCGGACGACGUAGAAGAUAUCAACUCUUCGCAAGAACUUUUCCCUGAGCUUGACGCUGCUGAUUCGCAAGUAUCGAAGUUUACAUCUUGUUCGGAAGAAACGGUUGUUGACGCAACCGAUAUGCCAUGUGAGAGUGCUGAACACUGUGAAGAAGCACUUUAUUGUUCAGAAACCGAAAGUCCGGACGACAAUACAAUACCUGACAGCUGUGAAGCCACGCCAAGCUCGCAGCACUCGUCAGGGUCUGAGGAAAGUAUUCCUAGUUACACCGCAAUCCCAGAAACCUUCAGGCGCACGCCGCAUUGUGGAACCCGCUGCCCACCUAUGAGCCGUAAUCACACAGUUCUCUGCAAGGUGGUGCGGAGUGAAAGUGGUGAUGUAAAGCCAUGCCCCCUAAUACCAUAUCCAGCUGUUCCUGUUGACAAAUGGGACGGCAUACACGUCCGGAUGCCAUGUUCUCCUCAGAGCAAGUACCCACUCGAGCAAGGAAGCAAUGGAGCUACAAAACUUCGGAGCCGGUGGGAGCUGAUCGAAAACUCGCUGUUGGGGCCUAUCAAUGACUCGCACGGCCUCGUGGAAGCCAUUCGCCAGUACAAUGGACGGGUUUCUGCCAUUUGGAACUUCAAGUGCCUUCACAAGUUCUUUAAUGAGGAGCUAGAUUCCAGUGAGUCCGAGAGCUUCUUUAAAGUGCUGCUGCCCAAAAUCGUUGCCUUAGCGCUUCGCCUUCCAGCUCUAAUUACCCAGCCAAUUCCCCUUCUGAAAUGUGGUGAAGAUCAGUUGCUUUCAAUGAGUCAACUGCAAGUUGGUUGCCUUUUGGCGAAUGCAUUUUUCUGCACGUUUCCGAGGAGAAAUACACUUAAAAGCAACUCGGAGUAUGCCAAUUACCCCGACAUCAAUUUCAAUAGGUUAUUUUCUGGACCUUCUGAUGAAGCUCGGAAGAUGGAGAAGCUAAAGUGCAUUGUGAAUUACUUCCGAAGAAUUACAAAGCAAGAGCCUACUGGGAUGCUGACGUUUCACAGGAGAUGUCUGACUGAGCCCUAUGAGUGGAGCAGUUCGAAACGCAAACUGGGAAAUCUUUUUGUGUCCGAGUUGGGGUUCAUUGAACGUGAAGGUCAGGGCAUGCUGCAGGUUGACUUCGCAAAUAAGUUCAUUGGUGGAGGAGUGUUGGGUGGUGGUUGCGUGCAAGAAGAGAUCCGGUUCAUGAUGUGCCCCGAGCUGAUCGUGUCUCGGUUGUUUACCGAAGCUCUUGGAUCCAGGGAAGUCCUAGUCAUUACUGGUGCCGAGCAGUUCAAUGCUACUUCUGGGUAUGCUGACAAAUUCGCGUGGAAGGAUGAUUUCAAGGAUGAAGUUCCAAGGGACCCUUGGGAAAGGAGAUGCACAGAGGUUGUCGCCAUGGAUGCACUUUGUUUUGCAAAGCCCCAGGAGCAGUACAGACCCAGCAACAUUAGGAGGGAACUGAACAAGGCAUAUUGCGGUUUCUUCUGUCCACCGGAGAUACCUCGCGCAGAGCGUUCAACCAUUGCCACGGGAAACUGGGGCUGCGGUGCCUUUCGUGGGGACCCACAGUUGAAGGCACUUAUUCAGCUUAUGGCAGCAUCCGUCGCAGGCCGGGACCUUGUUUACUUUACCUUUGGUGACAAGCAGCUGUGCCAAAGACUGCGCGCAGAGUAUAAUUUACUUACCAAGUGUGGCAUGACUGUAGGUGGCCUUUAUGAGCUUCUGGCACAGUACAGCCAACACCAAUCACCACAAGCAAGACCGGGCAAAUUCCAGCUUUUCGAAUAUCUACGCCGCAGCUGUACACCGUAGAUGUGUGUGCGUGUUGCGAAACCAGGCCUGGCAGUGCAUUGAGUGAAACACAUGCAUGCUCCUGCAGGUUCUGUCAGCCACAUGGCGAUUCUAGGCUUCCUAAUUUUGGGCCCUUGCCCUAGCGUUCAUUUUUUUUGUGCAUACAAGUACGUGUGUGACCUGUAAAUAAAUUUUUUCACUCCA